UGGCGCUGCGGUCCGGCACGCCGGAGCCGCCCGCGCGGGCGCCGAGAGGAGAGGCGAGGCGGGGAGCGCGAGCUGCGGCCACUGCCACGUAUUCCCGGCAGUGGCGGCGGAGGUGGCGGCGCCCGCGGCAGGAAUAAUUCAAGGCAUCUUUACUGGAAAUCAUUUUGUGGAAAUUAUUGAAACAGCCAUUCCUGAAUUUGAAGACAAGGAAGUCCCCCAUCUUGACUACAGGAGUGUGGACUUUUCUCCACGGCCUCUCUGGACACACUGUCUUGCAUCCUCUAGGAAAGAUGCGGCAACUCAAAGGGAAACCCAAGAAGGAGACGUCGAAGGACAAGAAGGAACGGAAGCAGGCCAUGCAAGAGGCCCGACAGCAGAUCACCACGGUGGUGCUGCCCACGCUGGCCGUGGUGGUGCUCCUGAUCGUGGUGUUCGUGUAUGUGGCCACACGCCCCACCAUCACCGAGUGAGCGCCUGGCUGCAGAGGACUCCGUGGGCAGGGAGGGGGAAGCAAAUGCAAAAUGGCUUUCAUGUGCAGAGAUGUUACUGCUGCUGAGCUCUGAGCAGGAACACCCUGCUUCUCUGGUCUUUGACUUGAUUAAAGUUUCUCCACUUUUCUUGGGAGGGAAUAGGGAACGUUUUAUCAGUAAACGUGCCAUACACCUUAUGGUCCACUUCAUGUGCCUUUCAGACUUCAAAGCAGUGUGUGUGUGUGUGUGUGUGUGUGUGUGUGUGUGUGUGUGUUUCUCUCAUAAAUCGAUAUGUAGCUCCACCUGGUAAGAGGAGGACUUUGGGUCAUGAAGCAGCUGGAAUCAGUGCUCACCUCAUUCCCAUUGUUUGGAACAUGCCUCCUACACGUGUUCACAAUUUCCAAAGGGACUGUAUGUCUUCUCUGUGCUUAAUGUGAUUUGAAUAUGUUGAUUCAAAGUGAAAUAUUUAUUUUUUGAAUAAAGGAGAUAAUAGC